AUGAGGAGAGACAACCUGACCUGGGUGAGUGAGUUUGUAUUAAUGGGUCUCUCCAGUGACAAGCAGAUCCAGACUGGACUUGUCCUGUUUGGGGCCACCUACUUGGUGACCAUAAUGGGCAAUGGGCUCAUCAUCCUCUUGAUCCAGCUGGACUCCAGACUCCACUUGCCUAUGUACUUCUUCCUCUACCACCUCUCAUUUGUGGACAUCUGCUACACUUCCAGCGGGGUCCCCCAGAUGCUGGCACACUUCCUCCUGGAGAAGAAGACCAUUUCUUUCGCCCUAUGUGGGACUCAGCACUUCUUUGCUCUGGCCCUUGGAGGCACUGAGUUCCUGCUGCUGGCUGCAAUGGCCUAUGACCGGUACGUGGCUGUCUGUGACCCCCUGCGCUACAUGGCAGUGAUGAGCCCAAGACUCUGUGUGACAUUGGCAGGUGUGUCUUGGCUUGUGGGUGUAGCUAAUGCUGCUGCGGAGACGGCAGUCACCAUGCGCCUGCCCACCUGUGGGCACAAUGUGCUGAACCACGUGGCCUGUGAGACACUGGCACUUGUCAGGCUGGCCUGUGUGGACAUCACCCUCAACCAGGUGGUCAUAGUGGCCUCCAGCAUAGUGGUACUGCUGGCGCCCUGUUGCCUGGUCUCUCUGUCCUAUGCCCACAUUGUGGCUGCCAUCCUGAAGAUCCGCUCCACCCAGGGACGCCGCAAAGCCUUUGGGACCUGUGCCUCACACCUCACUGUUGUCUCCAUGUCUUAUGGGAUGGCCCUCUUCACCCACAUGGAACCACUUUCUGUGGCCUCUGCUGAGCAGGACAAGGUGGUGGUCCUCUUCUAUGCCGUGGUGACCCCCAUGUUGAAUCCCCUCAUCUACAGUCUUCGGAACAAGGAUGUUAAGGCUGCUCUGCAAUGGGUUGUGAUGAGGAGAUCUGAGUCAAAGCAUUAG